GCAUUUCAAGGCGAGCUUGAUGCUGAACAAUCUUCUUGGCCAGUGAUUAAGUUAGAUGCAAGUGGACCAGUAACCUUCUCCAACAUGUGGGUGGAACUUACUUUAACCUUUAUUGGUUUGUGCCUCUCGUUAUAUUUGUAUAUGACGAGGAAGUUCAAUUUCUUCAAAGAUCGAGGAAUUCCUUACAUAAAACCCUCUUUCCCGUUUGGAUCCACCAAUAUGCUCAACACGUUUACCGGAAAGUCCUCUCCUGUGGAAAUUGGUGAUUAUAUCUACUGGAACUUUCCCGGGGCCAAGAUCGUGGGUCAGUUCCAAUUCUCUGAGCCUCAGGUCAUGGUCAAAGAUCUGGAAUUGGCCAAGAACAUUAUGAUCAAAGAUUUCGACUACUUCAUGGACCGGAGACCCGUGGACAUCCCUGGCAAAGACAAACUGAAUAAAGUGAUGGGCCGAAUGUUGACCUCUCUCAAGGGAGAGCAAUGGAAAGCUGUCAGAAACAUUGUAUCCCCAGUUUUUACCAGUGGCAAACUCAAGUCCAUGACUGUGUUGGUUAAUAAGGUCGGCGAUGACUUUGUGGACCACAUGGCCAAAUUCAGCAAGAGUGGAGAGGCUUUCAACGCCAAAGACACAUUUACUAACUUCACUUUGGAUGCUAUCGCCAAUUGUGGAUUUGGGUUUGAAGCAGAAACAUUGAAGAACCCGGAUAAUCAUUUUAGAGCAAUGAUCAAUCAAUUGUUAAGUGGCACUGCACUCAUUCAAUUGGCCAAAUUCGCCCUUAUCACAAUUUGCCCUUGGGUGACGAAGAUCAAGGAGAUCACUUUCUUGGACAAAGAGGCUGGAGACUUUUUGCUGGACAUUUUCGCCCAAAGCAUAAAGGAACGGAGGAAGUCCAAGGUCAAACGAAAUGAUAUCUUGGGUCUUCUGGUGGCUGCGUUGGAUGCUGAUCGCCAAGGAAUCAAGGAAGAACUGGAAAAUGAUCAAUUUGAUCAGGAUGCUCAGGUUCACGUGUCCAAGAAGACACCCAUUUCUGAUGACGAAAUUGAGCUACUGCUCUUUUCAAACGCCUUGGUCUUAUUUUUUGCUGGUUUUGAUACUUCCUCUACCAUUAUGAGCAUCACCUCCUAUUUCUUGGCCACCAAUGAAAAUGUACAGGAACGAGUUUACCAAGAGGUUUCUAAGGCCAUAUCUGAAAAUGGUGGCAGUGAGAGUUUGGACUACAACACCAUCCAAGGAAUGCCCUACUUAGACAAGGUGAUCCAUGAAACCUUACGCUUAUACCCUUUGUCCUUGAUUGAGCGCCUGUGCGUCAAGGACUACAAGGUUCCAGAUACGGAUUUCGUGAUCCCCAAAGGAAUGUUGGUACAAAUCCCAUCCCCCGCCAUCAUGAAGGAUCCUCAAUAUUUCGAUAAUCCGAAGGAGUUCAAUCCAGAGAACUUCAGCCCAGAAGCCAAGGCCAAACGAAGUCCAUACAGUUUUUUGGCCUUUGGUCAAGGACCUAGGAAUUGUGUGGGCAUGAGAUUUGCUCUGCUCCAAGUCAAGUUGUCCAUGAUUCGUUUGGUAGCCCAUUAUCGGGUGGAACGAUGUGCCAAGACCGUCUCCGAGCUCAUCCCUGAUCCCAAAUCAGGGUCUAUUCAGCCUAAAGGAGGGGUCUGGCUGACCAUAUUGCCGAGACACUAGAUGGAAGAUUUAUUAAUUAUAAUAUCAUUCAAUUUAAUAAUAAAAAUGUGACCUCCAUCAAU